AUGCGGCAGACCAUCCACGAGUCCGAGGCCAGCAUGACCGUCUCUACGGCCGGGUCACCGAAAGAAGUGGGCUUCUGGGAGAAGUGGACCAUCCCGCUCUGUCUGAUCAUCACCACCGCUUUGAGUUCUGUCUUGAUCGUUGCCCAUUCUCUGAGGUGGACAGUGAACGGAUCUUGGUACGAAUCAUCCUUCGCGACGAUCACAUCUAAGCGCGCAGCCAUCCAGUCCGGGAUUCAGCUCCUUGCGGCGCUCCUUGCUCUCAUUCACACCUCAACAGUCGCCGUUCUCAUUCAGCAUGGCUCCAGACUGGCCUUCUUCAACUCGGGUGGUUCAACGACACAAAACCUGAAAGGAUGGAUGAACUUGGGUAUUCCACGCUUACGAUGGGAUAUCCGACUUCGGUUUCUACUGCCAAUAAUCGCAUUUUCCGGCCUCGGUCUGAUAUCCUCAGCUCUGCGGGUUGGCGCAAUGACGCCUGUUAGCAGCACCAUUGUCGAGCAGGAGAUCCUGCGAGUCCCUUCGUUCAAAAAUACCACCCUGAUCAAAGAAUACCCUUCCGAGAUUUCACGCGCAGGCCCAUCCACCACAACAAAGCAAGGGCUUUUUACUUACUCCGUUGGAGUAAAACUGCUGGGUAGUCUCAUUGCUUCAGGGUCGUCAGCAACAACCUCCGAUGGAUCGGUCCGUAGACACGCGAAAAUCGACAACACCCAGUACAUCUAUGAAGGUCGCUCCUACGGUGUUGGAUCAUCAGUAGGCAUUCAAGAUACUGCCAUCACCAACAGGACCUCAGCGGUAGACUACUCAUUUCACGAGGAUGGCUACUUGCCGCAAGUCCAGUGCUCCUACAACCGAAGCAUGGACUUCGUCAUCGGCCGAGAAUUCCCUUCCAGGAUAUUCGGGGUUUCAGGAUGGCUUCCCGACAGCGUCGGAAGUCAACAGUACUCCGAGUACGUCGGACACAGCACCGAUGCCAUCGUCGCGGUUGGUGUGGCACAUAGCCCUGAGUCGAUUCGUCGCUACGUUUCCAUUGCAGCAGGCAAAAGCUACCUCGCCCUGAACGCUACCCAGUGCACCGUCGACUUCACACCUACUCGUUUCAACGUCUCUGUCGGAAUUCGCGGCCGAAACAUUACAGUCAUUCCAGAAGGUCAGAUCGACGACUUCGAUUCGCAGCGCAACCUCACGCGGACUGUUGUGCGUCAAUUCGAGCUCAUUUCGAAUGACUUGACAAACUUCUAUGAGUCCAUCCUAGGCAACGCAUUCCUAUCGAGUAUCACCGCAUGGAACAUAUCUUCCAACGAGAACGGCACUGUCCCAGAAGCCGAAGCAACGCUACGUGGACUGGAAAACGCCGUUACUGCAAUGACAGAGUCGAUAUUGGCUGCAUACGGAGCAGCGCAGCUGAUGGUCGGAAACUUCUCCGAAGAAAGGGAAGCAAGUGUAACAAUUGGAGUCUUUGUUAUCGGAGAAAUUGUCUACGUGGUUGCGAUCGCCAUUCUCAACGCACUUGUGCUCUUGGCUGUUGUGGUAGAGACUAUCCGGACCAGGGGAUGGAAGGGCCUGCCGCCUUUUGACUUUUCCGACCCUGAAUGGUUGAUCACAGCGUCAUUCCGAGGUGGCGAGCUGUCUCACACAUGGAACCGAGAUGCUGAAGGAAUCUUGGUGGCUCAAAGCACUAUAAAGGGACCUGUUUCAUCUUACACGCCCAUAGAUCAACGCGGCGACGAGGAUCAACAUCGUUUCGAAGUGAUUUCUGAAGGAGAAGGCGGGCGCAGAGUUGCUUUGAUGCUGCAAAGUCGCUGA